AUGGAGGCGGCCGUGUUCAUUCUGUCUCUGGUGGACUGCUGCGCUCUCAUCUUCCUCUCGGUUUAUUUCAUCAUCACCCUGUCUGAUCUUGAAUGUGAUUAUAUCAAUGCACGAGCCUGCUGCUCCAAACUCAACAAAUGGGUGAUCCCAGAGAUGAUCGGCCAGUGUCUGUCCACGAUGCUGAUGCUGGUUUCUAUGCACUGGUUCAUUUUUCUUCUUAACUUCCCGGUUGCCAUCUGGAAUAUUUACAGGUACGUGAAGGUGCCGCUAGGGAACAUGGGAGUGUUUGACCCAACGGAGAUCCACAACCGCGGGCAGCUCAAGUCGCACAUGAAGGAGGCCAUGAUCAAACUGGGGUACCACCUGCUCUGCUUCUUCAUCUACUUGUACAGCAUGAUUCUCGCGCUGAUCAACGACUGA